UUGGUCCUGUUUUAUAAGUGAGAAACUCAAGAAAAUUAAGCCCCCACAAACUGUGACAACGAGCCUUUUUUCCCCCAUCAAAUCAAACUGUUAACUUCUGGUGAGUCUUGAAACUUUGUAUUGUUUACCAGGGCUAGAGAGAUGGCUCAAGGGUUAAGAGCACAGACUGCUCUUCCAGAGGUCCUGAGUUCAAUCCCCAACAACUACAUGGUGGCUCACAACCACCUGUGAUGGGAUCCGAUGCCCUCUUCUGGUGUGUCUGGAGUAGUCUGGUGUGACAAUGCACUCACAUAAAAUAACAAAACAAAUCUUUUCUUUUUUUUUUUAAAGAGAUUGUUUACCAGUUGGCCUGAGGUACAGCCCACUGCAACCCACACUGCUUCCUGCGCUUUAUCCUUUCCCCUUCACGGAACCUUUUCCUCUAAAGAUUUCAUUUUUCAGUUGUAAGCUCUCAGAUCCUAACAGUCCAAUCCCAGAGAUGUGGUUUUAAUUGGGGGAAUCUGGGUGUCGCCAGACAUGUGGGUCAAAAUAAUUCUUCCUAGCUGCCAUCUGGUGCUGUCUCUCCUUUGGACCCAGCCACCUGCCUCAGCCCCUGCAACCAGCCUAAUUUCUUCUGCCUCUUGUUCUUUUAUGACUAAAUCCAUGAUUUAAAAAAGACAAUGCCAAGACCUUUUAAGCUCCUCAAUUGUUCUUUAUCCCAUUUAGAGAUGCCCCUGUCUUCAGAAUCUCUCAUCCGUGGUUGACCUGCCUUGACUCACGUCCAAAGAAUUGGCCAAUCUACCUUCAUUUUUAUCCUUCACCUAUCUAACUCCACUCACUUAUCUCAUUGUUCUUUUUCUCCCAUUCAUUUAUUCACUUCACAUCCCAAUCGAAGCUCCCCCUCUCUCCCCAGUGCUUCUCUCACACAGCACCUUCCCACAUACAUCAUCUCCCUCCCCUCUGAGAAGAGGGGGGCUCCUCACUGGGUACCAACCUACCCUGGCACAUCUUCUGUUGUUAUUUUGUGGUGAUGGUGGUGACAUCCAAGGCAUUGUGCAUGCAAGCUAAAGCAUUCUACCAUGAAUGACUUUUUGCAAGGCCUUCUCCCUGCUAGCUAUUGCCAACUACCCACUGGUGAGCAAUUCAAGCCCAUGACUGUACCCCAGCUAUGUGGUAGCAAGCAGUCCUGCAGUGAGAGGAAGAAUAGCAUGUGGAAACAAUGCAGUACAAUGGUACAGACACACUGGUCAGUGCUCUUGGUUUAUGCAUGGUCAUUCAGCUGUCUUGGCCCAUAAUAUUAUCCUAAUUACGGGCUGUUUUCUCUAUAACAGUUGUCUGAUAACCUGAACCUCUCGGUCUGUGGAGGCAUGUAUCUAAGCCCUAGAGACUUUACUAAAUUUAGAGAAUUAACUUUAGAGGAAGGUCUUCAUAUGCAACAUUCUUCAUAGUCUCCCCUCCCCCCUAGAAUGGCAAAUUAGAGUUUGUCUUUUCAUUCUUUAAAUGAUUUUUCCUGGGUCGGUAGCUAAAACAGUUAUUUCUCACGUAUAUCAUCAUGAAUCUAGCAUACAGAUUAAUGACUUACAAUUUUCUACUCUUGAAUCCAGUGAUCUGAUUUCCUGUUCAAGUCUCUGGGUGCACAUAUAAUUACUAUACUGUCAUUUUAAAUAUUUUAAUCCAAACUGUGAUGAUUCUAUAUCUUAUUCCAUUCAGACUAUGGUAGCAAAAUACCAUGGAUGGGGUGGAUUGUUAACAACAGGAAAUAUAGUUCUUAUUAUUCUGGGGAUGGAAGCCCAGGAUCAAGAUCCUAUCAUAUUCUAUAUCUUCCUAGCCCUUGUUCACUAUAACCUCACAGCAGAAUGGGCAGCAGGGGGAGGGGGGAUUUUGGGCAGGAGUGAUGCACUCUUAGAAGGAAAGUGCUUAUUGGCCUCCAUGACAAUUAUUGCCUCAGACCUACAUCUUUUGAUGCUGUCACCCUGGGUUAAGUUAGGAGUAUAACCCAUCCAAGUUACUGAUGCUGACCAUUCUCAUUCUCAUCUGUGUUGUGAAUCAGUGCAAUUCCGACUUCAAAUUACAAUGCAAUUUGAAAAUCGCUCCUUUAGCUUUGCAAAGAAAAUCAAUAGGUGCUAAUCAGAUACGGAGUAGGAAGUCUAGCAUAGUAAAGGACUGUUUCUAGCUAUGUAAACAAGGCACCAGUCGGGUUAGAAUAGGUUAAACUGUAAAAGAACUUAGCCAAAAUGACCUAGCCACAAGUAGGCAUCUCUCAUGUAGACCAGAGAAUGCAGUCUCUCAUCUGUCACAUCAGGGUACCCACCACCCUACCGUCUACCUGACUGAGAAGCUGUUUAUUAGCAUAGUUAUGUAUCAUUCCGUCUUAGAAAUGGCAUAUUUCUUGGCAGCGUUGUUACAAACGGCGCAUGAGAGAGACAACGAGGGGACUACACGAUUUUUAUCACAGCCGACCCUACUCCCUCCUGAAGGUCUGCCACUGUCUCGUUACUUGUGUUUAUGACCCCUGAUUACUUACUGCUUCUCUAUAGGUGCAGAGAAAUUUGCUACUCUCGGUGGUUUCAUGAUUUCCCAAACUUGACAUUAACAUUUUUUUUUAAAUUGUGAAUCCACCUGCACCUGAAUGGCUCUCCUUGCCUAUGCUGCUACAAAGAGUGAAGAAGUUUAAAUUAAUGUUUUAUCCAGCAAAAAGAUUUAGGUACUGUAUUCUGUCAUGUGUAAAAUCUAUUCAACUAUCCUUGGCGCAGGCCUUGAGUAUUCCCUGUGGCUCUGCUGAAUUGACUGGAAACAUGAUAAGGCAUCUAAAUUCUGCAGGUAUUGCCAUUCCUAGCAUCCAAUUUGAUUUUUGAUGGACAGAGAGCCCCAGGAAAGUAGAUGCCUUUGUACCUAAGUAAAAAGAAAUCCCCAGCAAGACAGACAUACCCUCAUCAGUAUGCUCCCAGUAUGACAGCCGUGCAAGUGAGUGAUCCAUUUUGUUUUGAACUCUGGCUCUGUCAAUGACAGUACACGAUUUACCAGAACAAAUCAAAUAAAUGUAUUUGACUUGCGUUUUGGCAUUUGAAAACAUGAAGCCUUGUUUCCUAAUGCAGCCUUGUGAUUCCACACUCUCGAUUUGAACUCUCCCUCACAGAUAUCAUUGCCAGAACGAGAAUAAAAAAAAAAAAAGAAAGAACAAAACAGGGUGUAAUUGUUCGCCAUGGUUUCCAGCAUUACAGGAAGCACAGUCUGUGUGGUUCAAAGCACUAGACCCUAAGAUGACUCUAAGUCCUUGAGCGCAGUCAGCGGGCACAGAUCUCAAUGCUCGGCUCCCGUUCCUUCUGCAGGUCCAAGUGACAGCUAUGAGUGGAAUUUUAAAGGGGAAGCUGGAAGAAGCUGACAGCGCCUCUCUCUGCUCUUCGGGGCAGGAAUCAGAUGAUGACGUUUUUAGCUGUUACAGUGCUGACAGUCUUGAUAGUGUCUGUCUGUCCACAGCUGGUCAUUUACCCGAAAAAAUAAAAGGAUAUCAGCAGCCUGAAAGGAUAUUCUCAGAAGCAUAGACUCUUCGGAGGAUACUGAACUUCAUGAGAUCUCACGGUACAUGUGACAGCGCCGCAGCUAUGAGUGGAAUUUUAAAGAGGAAGUUCGAAGAUGUGGAAGCCUCCUCGCCCUGCUCCUCUGCUCGGGAAUCGGAUGACGAAGUCUCCAGCAGCGAAAGUGCUGACAGCGGGGAUAGCGUCAAUCCAUCUACCUCCAAUCACUUCACCCCUUCCUCCAUCCUCAAAAGAGAGAAACGGCUGAGGACGAAGAAUGUGCACUUCAGUUGUGUCACCGUGUACUACUUCACCAGGAGGCAGGGCUUCACCAGUGUGCCCAGCCAGGGUGGCAGCACUCUUGGGAUGUCCAGCCGUCACAACAGCGUGCGCCAGUACACCCUGGGAGAGUUCGCAAGAGAGCAGGAGCGGCUGCACCGGGAGAUGCUGAGAGAACACCUCAGGGAGGAGAAGCUCAACUCUCUAAAACUAAAGAUGACCAAGAAUGGCACUGUAGAAUCGGAGGAAGCGAGCACACUGACCGUGGAUGACAUUUCCGAUGACGAUAUCGAUUUAGACAACACGGAAGUCGACGAAUACUUCUUCCUGCAACCCCUGCCCACAAAAAAACGGAGAGCUCUGUUGCGAGCCUCUGGGGUGAAGAAGAUCGACGUGGAAGAAAAACACGAGCUGCGGGCCAUCCGCCUGUCUCGGGAGGACUGCGGCUGUGACUGCAGAGUGUUCUGUGAUCCAGAAACGUGUACCUGCAGCCUGGCAGGCAUUAAAUGUCAGGUGGAUCGGAUGUCUUUCCCAUGUGGCUGCACUAAAGAAGGCUGUAGUAACACAGCAGGUAGAAUUGAAUUUAAUCCUAUCCGCGUGCGGACUCAUUUUUUGCACACAAUAAUGAAACUUGAACUGGAGAAGAACCGAGAGCAGCAAACCCCCACGCUGAACGGCUGCCACGGGGAGAUAAGCACCCACGGCCCUUCCAUGGGCCCUGUCGCUCACUCCGUAGAAUAUUCCAUCGCAGACAAUUUCGAGAUUGAAAGCGAGCCCCAGGCUGCAGUGCUGCACCUGCAGGAGGAGCUGGAUUGCCAAGGAGACGAGGAGGAGGAGGAGGAAGACGGAAGCAGUUUCUGCAGUGGAGCCACUGACUCGAGCACCCAAAGCCUGGCCCCCAGUGAAUCAGACGAGGAAGAGGAAGAGGAGGAGGAAGAGGAGGAAGAGGAGGAGGAAGAUGACGACGACGACAAGGGAGACGGCUUUGUAGAAGGGCUUGGAGCCCAUACUGAAGUCGUCCCCCUUCCUUCUGUCCUUUGUUACUCCGAUGGUACUGCAGUUCAUGAAAGCCACACAAAAAAUGCUUCAUUUUACGCUAGCUCUUCAACUCUGUACUACCAAAUAGACAGUCACAUUCCGGGAACUCCUAGCCAGCUUUCUGACAACUAUCCUGAAAGAGAUACUGUCAAAAACGGUGCCCUUUCGCUGGUGCCUUACGCCAUGACCCCAGAGCGCUUUGUUGACUAUGCCAGGCAAGCAGAAGAGGCCUAUGGAGCCUCUCACUACCCAGCUGCCAACCCGUCGGUCAUUGUUUGCUGCCCCACCUCUGAAAACGAUAGUGGGGUGCCCUGUAACCCCUUAUAUCCUGAACACAGGUCCAAUCUUCCUCAAGUGGAAUUUCACUCAUACUUGAAAGGCCCUUCCCAGGAAGGGUUCGUCUCCACAUUGAAUGGCGACAGCCACAUUUCAGAGCAUCCUGCAGAAAAUCCUUUGAGCCUUGCAGAAAAGAGCAGAUUGCAUGAGGAGUGCAUUCAAUCCCCCGUGGUGGAAACAGUCCCCGUUUAGUUGCUUAAAUUAUUCUAUUAUAGACCAAGUCUUCUAUUUAAGGCACUGUAUUGCCUUUGCUGGCGUUGUUUAACCCGAAGACCAAGAAUAUGUGGACUGUGAUUAAUCUUUCAGACAGUAUUUCCUUCCUUCCUUUCUAGGUUCCCAACUGUGGCGUGGCACAAAAUACAGUCGCUAUGGGGAUUUUAAACGAUUUUGAACUGUUUUGAUAGAAAAUGCUAAAUUAAAAAAAAAAAGCAUAUCUCACAGUUGCCUACCUGUCAAACUGUGUGAAACCUGCCAAGCUAUGCAGACCAUAGCUCCAAGUUUUAGAUUAUCGGGCCUGUGCAAGAUUGUUAACUAAGACUAGAACGCAAGCAGAUUUAGAGUCCUAAUUUUUCGAUAUAUCUGAAGAUGAUGGUGACUUUUUAAAUGUAAAAGUAAUUAUUGUAAGAAAAAAAAAGAUCGAAUUGUUCCCUGUGUAUUUUAUUUAUGGUAGUUUAGAAGUCAUGCUUUGAAGAAAAUGAACAGCAUGUUCAUUGAAGCUGAAGACGCGUUAACUAGCACCACAGAGCAUGCCCACUGGAUUGCAUCCGGAAUACACCCACAUUUUUACGACCAUGACUGAGCAGAUUUGCAAAUACUUUCUUAAGGAUGAAAUAGGCCUAUUUUUGCUAUUUGGGACAAAUGAGUCUAUAUGUGCAGGUCCUUAUGCGGUUUUUCUCUCAAGUUAAGAGUUAGGACAAUCCUCUGGCGAGGGUCUGGCGAGGGUCUGGCUCGCCGCUCUCCCUCCGCUGAGAUAGACAGAAUUGCCUUUCUUUUUCAAACAGUGUCAUCUGGUUUAUUACCUUGGACAGCACCUUUAAUCUCUACUCCCUCCUUCAAAGUGCACUUUAGUGCCCCUUCAUGGUACCUCGUGUGGGAGGGGGGUCUCAGAACGCUUUGAAAUAAUUUUUUUAAAUUAUUAAAAAAAAGGUAACUAUUGUAAGGUUCAUACAAUAGAGAUAGAGGAUUUUUCCAAUGACAUGAAGGAAAAUGACUUGUUUUCCUUCACCACUCCUAGGACCUAACUCAAUCCUAGCAGAGAGAAGGCUGGGGGUGGGGUGCGGGCACAGCUUUCAGCACCCCAUCACUACCAAUGCAAAAAACAUGUAAUGAGAUGUCCACUCAGUGACUAGCAGGUUGAAGGCAGGCCUGGGCUCACAUACUCAUUAGGGUUCAUUUUCUGGAGCGUUUUAUCUGUCUUGCCUGUCGUAGCCAGCAGCACAGUCCAGAAUGCGUUGCAAAGGCAGCCACCUCACGUUCUCUUCCUUAGUCAGAGAAUGGAUGGAAAGGAAAGAGGCCCCACCCACCUCUAGAAUGCUUCUCGCCUCAGAGGACUUCGAGCAACUUCUUUCCUACCAGCCAAGCAGCUAUAGAACAAGGGUUAUGGUUUCCCCUAAUGUAGUCAUUGUGCCGAAUCCAUUUCCCGGUUUUGACCUUGUAUUGUGACACCACUUCUCCUACUUUAUGGCUAUUGGAAAUGUAGACACGCUCCUGCUAUGUAGUAACUGCACCUCUAAUUGUUAAGGCCUCCUUGAUGUGGGCAUUUGAAUGGCUUUCAGAUUUCACUUCCUUACAGCAUAGUAUUUUAUCUGACCAAGCUUGAAUGUGCUUCAGAGUCCUCUGGUGAGAAGCCUCUAUUUAAACUCCAGGUGGGGAAAGUAUGCUCGCUUGUGGGGUUGUUCCUGCCCUUCUCUACGCCACCUCAUGAUUAAAUCAACACUAGUUUUUACUAACAUUAAAAGCACUUUGGGUGGUGUCAUGCUAUCGAAAGCAGCAGUGGGGGCCAACUAUUCCUUUUGGUUGAUCAUCGGGGCUAAUCUGAUGGGUGUUUACUCAGAUUGCAGUAAUAUGUCCAGAGCCCUCUGCAGUGUUGCCUUUGUUAGUGUUCGAUUUCCAGUUGCACUGCCUCCCGCCUACGCAGGGGCUCAAAGAAGAAAUGACAAGAGGCUGUUGUUCCUCCAUUCGAGCAGAUAAAAGAAUUCUGUGUUCUGUAUUUGCUGGGCCAUUCCAACCUCUGGAAAUAUCUACUGGCGAGGCACUCACUCACUGGCUAUUCUUAGAAUGGACUGUGUGGAGGCCCAGGGUAGUCCUGACUAGGUUCGGGUGGUUUGGUAAUGACAGUCCACUCCCUGGAUCCUCAGAGAUGUUCCUUUCACUCCAGCUUUAUAGACACAAGGUCUGAAGCAUUUUUGUAUCUUCUUGGGUCUCUCUUUUGCAGCUUUAGUUUUCCACCAAAGGAUACUUCAGAAACAGAGCUUUCUCCCUCUCUCUAUUCAAUGGAGAUAGAAAGUUUCACUCUGAGGAUAAUUGCCUUUCUAAGCAUGAAAGCUGCCACUCUUAAGUUUCCACACCCCUAAGUAGACAUCCCUCAAAAAUCAUGACAGGUGCAGGCUGCCCAUUUUAACAACAAUAACAAAUCAAGCCCUGCAUACCUUAUCUUUAUUAGGCACACACAAACACAGAAUACACACACACACACACACACACACACACACACACACACACACACACACACACACACACACACCAUGGGGCAGAUGGUAGGCAGCAGCUAGGAAUGAGUACUGGAUAGUUAGUCCCUACAGUACAAUCAGGUUCUGGUUUAUCUAAAAAUAUAAAGAGAGGUGAAUUUUGAGAGCAAAUGGUUGAAAAUAUUGAGUUAAAGUCACAAGUAAUAUUAGUGAGGAAUUAUUUCAUUGUGACUACCUUUCCCAGAAGGAACUAAAUUGAGAAUGCAAUGAUUCUUCUGGAUUGUUCUUCCUGCUAAUAGACCUCCUCAAUAGAACUGUCCACGUGCCAGGCAGUGCCACAAUGAUUACUGCUUUUCAAAGGGAGAGGAGCAAUUUGCUGGAACCAGGUUGAGACGCUUUAAAUCUUUGUACCAAGGAACAACGAUUUGACUUGAAGCUGUCGUGUUGCUUCUGUAGUAUAUCUAACCAAAUCAGAGCCUCUCUCUGCACACAGUUCCCAAGUCAAGCACUAUCAACUGCAAAGCUCAAUGCUCCACACUCUUUAACAAUUUGAUUCCCAGCUAUUCUGGCCAGACUUAUUUACAAGUCAAGUAGCCUGAGCAGCCUCAAUCCCCUUUAAUUUUUUUUUUUAAAUUUUCAUCGGUAGAAAGAAAUAGAUAAAGAAUAUUUUAAGUCCCUCCCCAUCUGUUGAUUAUCCAAUAUUAAAAUGUAUGUAAAAUCUAAUUGUCUCUUUUCUUUUGGUAAAUUGAAGAGCAGACUUUUUGAAAGUCAGUCUUGUGAUAGAAUUACAUUUUUCUCACCAUGCCAUGCCAACCACAUAUAAACUAUCUAACAUUUCUUCAAGGGAGGAAAUCCUUAUAAUCACAUGACCCAGCAGUACCACCUCCUUCUGCUCAUUCCUACAAAACAGCCCGUAUAGCAACUUGUCACAAUUCUCAAGAAAUGCUAAGGUUAUAUUGUAGCCAAAAUUUUGAGUUAGAUUUUAUUAUUAAACAAGAUAUACCAUAAUUUAUUUCACAAUAGAUACCUCACUUUUUUUUUAUUGCUGCCUUGUACAAGCUCUUAAUAACUUAGCAUUGAUCUUCAGAAUGUGUUAGAUAUCCACUUUUUUCUUUUAACAAAUAUUUAUUGAACACCUCCUAUAUUAUAACAACUGUCCUGGUAGCAAAAAGAGCAGGCAACUCCCAUAUUUCGAAGAGUGAGGACAAGGGUGGAUGAUGUGAGAUGGUCAAGCCUCUUCAGCUCCUUCUCCAUUAGAAUCCUCCCCGUCCUGAUGGAAACGCUGUCACCAAUUCUUCUCUAUUCUGUACAACCUGCGUCUGUACAGUGCUGAUUUUCCCUAAAUUGAUGGAACUUACUACAUCUUCCUGGAGCUUAGGAAAUAAGUCUGGAUUCAGGGAAAAGAGAUUCAGAGAACUGUUCCUUGGAUGCAGUGCUAUCUAAGAAAAUGUCAAAUUCAUGCCAGUAAAACUCCUACCAGUUUCGGGGAGGAGGGUUGAUUAAUUCAGAACCCAAAAGAGCUUUAGAAACAGUAAGGGAGGGACAUGACCUUCUUCUUCUCUUUAUAAACAGCUAUUAAGGUGGCAAAACUCUGCACAGAGGCAUUGACUGAAAGAAGAUAGGAAAGGAGAGAGGUUAUUAGUGACCCCUUUCUUUAGCUGAAGUUACAGUCUGCUGACAGUUAACAGUCAUUGUCAUUGACAUAGGAAAUGCCAAGUGUAAAUGGAAGGCACCUUUAUGCUUGCAAGGUCAAAAUGACUGUACUUUGAGAUUGUAACUAUUGUGUCCUUACCACGACCAGCACCUCGAGUGCAAGGCUCUUGUACUUUUGCUACUAAUAGGAAAUGAAGUUUCUUGUUACAUCACUUCCCAAGAAUUAAGAGCUCAUGCUGGAGUCACUUCAACGUCACAGCUUUGCACCCACAGUUCAGUUCAUCAGAUACUUUCUGUAUCAUGAUAGAACUUAAUUGACUGAAGAACCGCAGUUGGAAAACUCACUAAAAUGGUGAAAGGAACAGGAUAAGGGUUCAGAUGGAAUAAAAGUUUGGAAGUGAUAAUGUCUAUGAGCUAUUACUAUAUCUUAACAGAGGUGGGCUGGGGGUUAGUGCACUGGACUUCAUAAAUGACAGGCACCCCAAAAGAAAGGUCAGUUCCGGUAUGGCUGCCAUGGAGCCCAGCUGACAUUUCUAUCUGCUGGCCAACAUACAAAGCAGGUAUAGUAGAACACAGACCUCCAGCAAUCUGAAGAAAGUCUUCAACAAGCAUGCACAUGCGCACGCAUGCUCGCGUACACACACACACACACACACACACACACACACACACACACACACACACCACUUAAUGCUUAAUGACUAAGCAACUAACAUUGACAAAAAGCAAGGAAUUUGGAAAAAUGUUUCUUUCUUUAACAAAUGUGAUUCUAAAACAGUCACGUGUUAGUAGCUCCUCCCAUGAAUCCUUAAUGCAGAACAAGAGACAUUGUUUCUAAACAGCACAGCAUCUUCCUCUUUUGUCGCCUGUCAGAAACGAAAUCCUAGAAGCUGAGUAUUACCUGGGUUUUCUCUAGUACACGGUAGCAGCGUUAAUCUAACUGUAUGACAUCUUGGCAGCCUUGGGAUUUCCAUUCUGAGUGCUAAAUCAGAAGAAGGGGAUUUGGGAGAGUAGGAAUGAACUCCAGAGUCUAAACCAUAUGCCUUUUCAGUUCAUUGAUUAUGGGUAGGGUUUUUUUUUUUUUUUUGAUGCCUUUAAUAUAGAAGCUGAAAGUUUAGUGCCUGCAGAUAUUUCUUAUGUAUGGGAAAAGAAAUCACUCCAAAGAUUAAUGUCCUGUGGGUUACUGUUUUCUUUCCUUUCGAUUAGCUUUUCACUAUAUGGGACCAUUGCUCUGUAUCUGACCCUUCGUGUUUGCUUACAUUUCAAGAAAAGACAAUUCUAUUGGUAUUUUAUUUCAUCUUUCACACAAGCAACCGACCUUGUAAAGGGGGGAAUGAUCCAUGUUAUUCUAGACAGCAUUUGUACUUGGCAGAUUUGCUGCAAUUCCAUUCCUCUGUCUAUCUCAUUAGCAUACUGAUAGUCCAGUCAGUUCAAAUUAUAAACUUUGUCACAUGUGCAAGGCCAUCUAAGUAUCUUUAAAGAUUACUAUUAUUAUUAUAUUAUAUUAUUAUAUUGAUUAGAAAGAGCUAGGAGGAGAUAAACGGAGUCAAAUCAGCCUUGCUUUUGUCAAAACUGAUUCACAUUGCUUUCCUGAUUCUCAGUUGUAACUUUAAAAUAUGUCUAUAGUUAAAUGUCUUAUUUCUUCUUUUUAACUCUUUCCAACCUUUUUAUCUGUCUUGGAAUAAACCUAAAAGUUAUUUAUUAAUGAGUACUUGGACGAAAACUGAACUUGAGAAAGUCUCUUUAAAAUUUAUCUAGAACAUGCUGUCUGGACUAUGUCCUACUGCACACAAAGUAAGACUGUUCACUCUCUUGUCUGGGUCAUGUGAACUGGGAUAGUUUGAUUGUUAAUUCUGUGUUAUAGAAAUAUCAAAAGGCAAUUUGUAGCACACUUAAUCCAAUAUUUCUUUGCCCUCUUUUCCUGUUGGUCAUUAAUCUUUCUCCCUUCUCUUAGAAAUGCCAUCAAUAUUAAAAGCUAAUUCAAAGAACUAUGUGAAUUAUAAAAGUUUAUUUAAAUAUGAAGAAAAGAAAGUGCUAUUUUACAUCUAAAUUCUCCUAAAGAGGGGGAAAAAUAGCUAAAGUUAGGGAAUAAAUUGUUGCCUGUUUAAAAAUCAAGUAUGUAUACUUGAGUGAUACAAUUGGACCCAAAUGAUAUCUGGAUUUGAUAGCUUUUUAAAUUUUUAUAACAACCAGUGUCAUUUUUUAAAAUUGCAAUUAAUCACAGUCCACUGCCAGACUACGUCAUGUCCAACAGGUAACUUGGAACAGCUUAAUCUUCUUGAAGAUAUUCACAGAGGCCAACUAAACAUGAAUAAUGGAAGGCUUCAGAGUCUUCUUUAUUCUUCAGAUUGUAUAGGCCUGAGCCUAAGAGAGAGCUCCAGAAGUCACAUGGUUCAUUCAUUGACCUCUGGGGAGGACCGCCACUCAGGCAUAUCCAACAACACAGAUACCCACUUAUUCCUGACACCUCUAGGGAAGAUGGUUUCCUUGGCAACAGAAUCCAGCUCUUUCAGGUUUGCUCUCAAUAUGAACAUAUUUUGGCCAGUCUUUGUGGACGAGGCACCUGGCAACAGUCGUGGUAAUUUGGGCAAUUGUGCUGGAAGACAGUAGAGGUUGAGUCCCCCUUCAUUUGACGAUUGUUACCUAAGGCAAAUUCUCUAAGUGUCUUAAGAACGCAGAUUUGAAAAGAAAAUGUAGGUACUCGGAUACUUAGCAAUGUAACCUGCUUUGGGAAAAUAAACUAUUAGGCAAUUUUUAUUCAUUUACCUUUUAUACAUUACUGUUAUGUUAGGGGGAGUAAUUAAUUUAUAUCCCAGUCACCAAUGUCAUGACUAGAGUCAAGCGACUUGACUUUCAAACCCUUCAAUUCUCUGAGAAGUUACAAUUUUAAAAGGAAAAGACCCUUUUUCUAUGUGCUUACUUGUGAACAAGUACCUUCUUGGUGACCUUCUGUUAGUGUAAGCAACAAAUGAAAAUCUAGACUUCUCCUGGAAAAGAUGAGACUGUCAGAAGAAUCUGCUAUGGAGUAAAAUGACUCCAAAGAUUCACUCAGCCACCAUUUGAUCCUGUGUAUGAGGGUAUUGUGGAAACAAUGGCUGCUUACGUUCUCAUGAAUCAGUGAUUUUUUUUUUUAAGUGAUUUAAAAAUUUGUCAUCUUGACAAGGCCGGAAAACUAAAGGAGGUCUAGAAAGGGGUGAUAUUUGUUUUCUUUUUUCCCCCUUUCUUUUCCCUUGAUGAAAUCACUUGGCCCAGACACUCCCUGCAGCUUUCAGAGAGUUUUCUGUUUGCCAAAACAUAGAGGCAGCACUAACAGGAGCUGAGGACCACCCUGGAAGUCAGUGUUUCUUCUCUCGUGGAUCUUGCCCAAUCUCAAUAUGGCUGCCUUUGCCCACCAGGGUGCUUGAGUGAAAUGACAGCCACAUGAACGUACUUUGUCCUCAUGAGUAACAUUACACGGAAGUGACCCAGUGACACUUUUAGUUUAAAAAAAAGAAAAGAAAAAGUUGCUAUAGAAUGCUAAUGUGAUGAAUGGUGACUUGAAUUUGGCUUAUGUUUUAAUUGACUCUAGGCACCUCAACAGAAAGAAGUCUGAGGCAUAGUUUGUGAAACAUGUUUCAAAAGUGUUUGAUGAUGUAUAAGUGCUAGACAAUACAGUACAGAAAUAGUAAAAGGAAAACCUGAGCCUGUAGAUUACAACUCGGUUCCUAAGAAAUCAGCCUUUGUUGCGUCUUAGUAAUGUUCCUCUGCCUUCUCCUUAGUUUAUCUCAUUUUGGUGUAAUCGCCUCUUAAGAUAAAGCUAUGGAUACAUAUGUACUGGUUAUUGCCUCUUAGUGCAGAAAAGGCACUUUGUCCUUUCGGUGUGUUUCCCUCAGUGUCUGUCACAGGGUAUAUAAAUUUGAUAGGAAAGGUCAUUUGGCAUUGGUCAACAAAAUAUUUUUCACAUUUAAAAUCCAUGUAUCCAGUUGGUUUCAUAGGUAAGAGUCACCGUUUUCAGUGUCUUUGUCUUAAAUCACAGUCUUAGACAUCAACCAUGUCUCCACUUGCAAGCUGCCAUGGGAACUUGGUACAUUUGAAAACCCUUGUAAGAUGUAGUGAGCUGGCAAAUCACGUGACACCCCCGUCCCCCAGGACUCAUGCGUCCUUCUGUCUUUGUGCAUUAGGAAUGUUCCUUCAACAAGGGCAAUCUUCUGAGGGUAAUUGUUUUAAGUGUUUGCUUUUUGGCCUGUUGGAAGCUGGCAGGGGGGAAAAAUGCAUCCCUAAAAACUCAGAAAAUCCACAGUAUGGUAAAGUACAUUUUAACAUUGAUUGUUUGUAUCUUUCAACUGAUUUGUAGCAUUACCUUUACCCAAUAGGUUUUCAAUCGAUACUUCGUUACCGUUACAUGCACUCUGAUGACUUGUAAAACUGGAAGGGAAGAAAAUCAAACCACAAUCCAUACACUCAUUUUAUACCGUGAGGUCAUGUUGUCUGUCACAGUUGCUAGACGGAUUUCUCUUGUGUACAAGUUAUGACAUCAAAGAUGCCAAAGGGGCUAUGAAAUAAGCUACAAUGGUAGUCAACAGAAUUUAACCUGGACCUUACGUUGUAAUUAUUUAUUCAUAUUAGCUGUAGUCUUCUGUAUUUAUAUUUUCAGUAUUUAUUACAAAUGACAUGGAGAUUCCUGUAUUUAUUGUGGCUUUCUGUUGCAGUGUGUGUAUGUAUGUAUAUAUAUACAUAUACAUAUAUAUAUAUUACAAAUAAGCAUUUUUAAGUCUGAUCUUUAAGUUCCUCUUAUUAGUGGCACUUGUAUUGUGCUGUACUUUUUAUUAUAUAUUGUACAAUAGCUUGUCCAUUUGUUUGCAACAGAGUAAAACUGGUUUCUAAGUUGUA